CACUACACUAGUUUGCAGUUUGACACAGAUAAAAAAUAUCGGCAGCCAUAUUUGUUUACCUUUUAUGAAGAUCAUUCUUGAACGGACUAUACAAUGAUUGUUUUGAUAAUAAAUUAGUUUUUUAUGACUUAUAAGAAAACAUCUGGUCAUUCUAUUACACAUGUAUGUAACCUCAGUUUUGUUAAAGACGUCAAGUUUCGGGAUACUAAAAUAUAAAACUAUGGAUGACCAAGCCAAAGUACUUAAGUAUUUAGUGUCAGCGGAAAAACUAGCAGAAGAAAUAUUAUCUGACAGGCGGGAAAUAGUACUGUUGGAUAAAAGAAGAAAUGCCAACCGAGAAGCAUUACGAGAUCUAAGCAAAUCUGGUCAGCAGAAGUGCUGGGUGACUGUUGGAUCUGUUUUAAUAAAAAACGAUUUGCGUACAACUAAGGAUCUUCUAGAUGAAGACCAGAAACAGUUAAACAUAGACAUUAACAAACUUCGUAGUGAUCUCAGAGUGAAGGUAAAUGAUUUGAGAGACUUAGAAAUGCAGCCUCCAGUACCAGGAUUGAUGCUGGUUCCGAUGUCCCGAAAAGAAACAGAAGGAUUUUCUUGUGCAGGACUAUUUACUUGAUAUAAAAACAGUUUUUCUUGCUUGAACAGUAUAAGUGUAGUAUUAUAAGUAUAAAACCAUUGCUGUACCAAUAUGUAAAUGAAUAAGAUCUGAAGUUUACUAUAUCACAUGUUAACAAA